AUGGAGAAUAUUAUUCGAAUAUUUAAUAUAUUUGCUGAGCAUGAAUUUCAUAAAAGUUUAAGUUUUAAUUCAAAUUUUUUGGAAGCUAAUGUAAUUAAUAUAGCAUUAUUGUUAACGGGUCUAAUUUAUGUACUAAAACAGUUUUUAGGAUCUGUUUUGACAAUUAGACAACAAAAAGUACUAGCUGCUAUACAAGAGUCAGAAGAACGUUUAAAGCAAGCACAAAUAAGAUUAGAAGAAUCAGAAAAGCAAUUGGCUCAAACAACAAUGGUUAUCAUACAAAUCAAAAAAGAAGCUGAAUUGACUGCUCAAAAAGUUCGUGAGUCUAUACUCGAACAAGGAAAAGUAGAUAUAGAAAGGCUUACCUCGGCAGGAAAAGCUAGUAUUGCUGUAGCUGAAAAUCAGGUCAGGCAACAAAUUCAACAACAAAUAACCGCCUUGGCUAUUAAUCGAGUAUUUUUACAGCUACAAAGUCAAGUAACUCCUGGUAUGCAAUCAAAAAUUAUCGAUGAUAAUAUUGUAAAACUUGGAGGAAAAAUAUGA